AUGGUAAAUUCUACUCGGUCACAUGUAGAAUCAAAGAUUACUAAUUUAAGUACUGUAUUUCCUCCCAAUUAUCGAAGUUCAAUGUCAUCAAUUCGUGACAAUUAUCCCUUAUCGUCUAGUAAUUCUAGAAGGACUUCGAUGAAUUCUACUCAUGUUUCAUUACCUCGAAAACAGUAUGGUCUACCGGUUUUUUCUCCUGAAAUGAACUCUAAUUCAAUUGAUUCAACAUGUGACUUGAAGUUAUCUAGUCUAACAGACAUAUCAUCUGCGGUUACGAACAAUGAAUUAGACGAGCCACAGCAAUUCGAUUUCUCUAUAGGUGGGAGGCAUAUUAACUCAUCACACUGUAAGUCAGCGUCAUUACAAUCUUAUUCUUCUGAAACACCGUCCUCAGCUUCCAUACCAACAGAAUCUGAUGAGAGUAUUUCUACAUCUGCCAACUUUCCAUUAAAUAUAAAUGAUAAUCCAUUACCCUUUGUUUCUACCCCUACAAACGAGAAUACAUUAGUCGACCGAAACCGUGGUCGAAGUCGUAAUCGAAGUAAUCGAUCUAACUCACUUAGCAAAAAUUCAUUUAAUAAUCGUGAUAAAUGUCAAACAAAUUCUGAUACUGAUCAAGAAACCUUAACAUUUCGUGACACUACUCAAAAAUCUACAACUUCGCAUUCUGAACACUUUUCACAAAGUUCCAAAUCGUUAUCGAUUGCUGCCAGUAACCGUUCGGAGAAUUCAAAUCGUCGACGCGAUCCUGUUGAAGUAACAGAUUCCUCUCCCAAAUGCCAGUCAUAUCCAUUUGUUUCUGAGAGGACUCCCAGUAAUACUCCGACAUUACAAGAUCCAUUCCAAUUAAACUCUGGUAACCAACGAAUGGAUUCAAUGCUAAGUGCUGUUUAUCAGCAAGCUGCUGCAAUGAAUCUAGCUACAUGUGUAAUCCCUGUAACUGCUGCAGCUCUAUAUAGUCAACUUAUGUUGGCAUGUUCUGGAUCAGCCAUUCCACCGGAUAUCGGAUCACCUAAUAUUAAUUUAGCAAUCUAA